AUGGCAGAAGGAAACCAAAGUGAAUCAGCAGCUGUUAUUACCUUCAGCAAGGAGGAUUUCAACUGCCAAGCAUGUGAUCGUCCGGAUGAUGCCGGCCCCAUGGUGUCUUGCGAUUCAUGUCGGUUGUGGUGGCAUCAGAGUUGUGCGCAGGUUACUCCCGGUGUAGAGUCGCGCCCCUGGCUUUGCCCUGGAUGCAGGCCUGCAUCGUCUCGUAUCAUUUCCAAUGCUGCUUCAUCUAAAGCUCGUCGCGCGGAUCUAAAAUUAAAGCAACUGGAGGAAAAGCGAACAUUGGAAAAAAAGUUGUUGGAUGCGGAAAAAAAGGAGUUGGACGCGGAGAAGCGCUACCUGGAUAUAAAACAAAAAAAUCAACUGGAACAAUUAGAGCUUGAAUCUCAAGAAGGCAGUGUACGCAGUCACGUCAGUCGGUCGGCUGUAAAGCAAAAAACAGCUGACUGGGUCGAAAAUCUUCCGGCAGCUUCUGGAGAGGUGGGAAAUCUUAACCUAGAAGAACAACCAACAACAUUCUUGCCUGGAAAGGAGCUCCUCUGUCCCCCGGAUUUCUCGACUCCACAACGCAUCGUUUUUAAAGGCACGAAACCAGCGAAACCUGCUUCGAGGUCGCUGCCACCGUCGUGUCACUGGUCGAAUGAGUAUGCUGAUCCGAUUCCUGUUGGGAAAACCGGUGCCUAUCCAAAAAGCGACGCUCUCAAACAACCGCCGAAACAGUUUUUCGUGGAACAACAGGUGUCGAGGCAAUCGAUGGUACCACCCCCCGGGUCGUACUUCCCCAGGUCACUGCCUGUUCCCCUAGCAGUGGUCCCCGAUCCGCUGCCAGCCCCUCUCACAGCGGUCUCUUCAGCAGCCCAUGGUAGGAAUACUGAGAUCCAAGGUAAUCAAAAGCAGCCACGCCCAGCCCGUUUCGCGAGUCGGGUAACUUUAUAUAAUGGUAGUAGUGAAUUCUAUAGUGAAGAUAAGCGGAAAAUGAAGCGAGGAAAUGUUAACGCUCAUACGGAAACACAAGUACGAGUGCCUGAGGAACCGAGAAAAUUGUGUCUAGCCUGUGGUGGAGAACAACAUCGACUGAAGGAUUGUGUGGUGUUCCAGAGCUUCGACGUCGAAGGCCGCUGGCGCUUCGUGCAGAACCAAGGAUUGUGCCGUAACUGUCUCAACUCUCACGGCCGAAGGCCAUGCCGUGUUCCCGGUUGCUGUGGGGUCGAUGGUUGCAACAGUCGUCAUCAUCCGCUUCUUCACAAUCCUCCUGCGCAUUCCUCUUCAAACGCCAGCCCUGUUGUGUCCAUGGAGAAUCAUAGCCACCGUAGUUCAUCACAUUCUUUGCUAUUCAAAAUCGUUCCAGUCACCCUGUACGGCAAUGACGCUGUAGUAAACACCUACGCCUUUUUGGACGAUGGAUCAUCGCUCACUAUGGUCGACGAGAGCCUGUUGGAGCAGCUGAACAUCGAGGGUGUAAAGCAGCCGCUUUGCUUGACGUGGACGGGCAAUGUGUCUCGUGUCGAGAAGAACUCGGAAGUUGUGCAGCUCAGUAUUUCAUCGGGUCAAGGCAAGCCCAUGCAACUCCGCAAUGCGCGCUCAGUCAGGCAUCUUUCUCUUUCUCAACAAAGCCUGGAUUUUGAACGAAUCGCAGCAGAUUGUCCUCAUCUUCGGGGGCUUCCAAUCAAAAGCUAUACAAAGGCAAUUCCGAAGCUACUCAUUGGCAUCGACAACCUGCACCUCAUCGCUCCUUUGAAACUUCGUGAAGGACGAACCGAACAACCGGUUGCAGUGAAGACGAGGCUAGGGUGGUGCUUGUUUGGUGGAUCGUCGGAAAGUCAGAAAAGUUCAACACUCAACGUCCCCCAGUGCAAAUGUUCUAGUGAUGAUUCUCUCCACUCCUUGGUCAAAGAUUUCUUCAGCACAGAAAACAUCCCUCCAAAGCCAACUAUCGAGUUGAUCCCAAGGGAAGAACAGCGAGCUCUUAAGAUUCUCGAGGCAACAACCAAGCGCAUUGGAAAUAGGUACGAGACGGGGCUACUUUGGAGAUUCGACCACUUCGAGAUGCCAGAAAGCUACUCAAUGGCAGAAAAGCGAUCGGCCUGUCUUGCGCGUCGGAUGCAGCGAGAUCCAGAACUUCGAGAAAAUCUUGUUAAGCAGAUCGACGGUUACGUAACAAAGGGCUACGCACAUCGGGCCACGGAGCAGGAGUUAGCCACUGGAGAUCCUCGACGCGUGUGGUACUUGCCACUGGGAGCUGUAACAAACCCGAGGAAGCCAGGCAAGGUUCGGCUGAUUUGGGAUGCUGCGGCCAAAGUAUGCGGUGUGUCGCUGAACUCCAUGCUUCUGAAGGGUCCAGAUCAACUAACCUCUCUUCCCUCAGUUCUGUUCCGGUUCCGCCAGUUCCAGGUAGCUAUUUCAGCCGACAUUAAAGAAAUGUACCACCAAGUAGCCAUUCGUAAAGAAGAUCGCCAUGCUCAACGUUUUCUGUGGCGCGAGGACCCCGGAAAACCCGCUGAAACUUUCGUCAUGGACGUCGCAACCUUCGGAUCAACAUGCUCACCUGCCUCUGCACAAUACGUGAAGAACCGGAACGCUGCGGACUUCGUUGAUCAAUUUCCAAGAGCAGUGAACGGAAUUAUGCAUGGGACAUACGUGGACGAUUACUACGACAGCUUUGAGCAGCUUGAAGAAGCCGAACAAGUAGCUCUCCAAGUUCAAACGAUUCACUCCCGUGCUGGGUUUCAACUCCACGAAUGGCGCUCCAACCGGCCACAGAUAUUGGAGAAACUAGGACAAACCGCCUCGAUAGAGACCAAAUCACUUAGCAUUGAGAUCGACAAGAUCGAACGCGUCUUGGGAUUGCUAUGGCGACCGCGAGAAGACGUUCUUGGAUUCCAUACCGAGUUACCAGCAGAACUUAAGGCAGCGAUGUCGUCACCUUCCGCUCCAACGAAACGACAAGUUUUGAGUGCAGCCCUGUAUCACCGACUUGAACUGCACAUCUUUGUCGACGCUAGCGAAGAUGCCUAUGCAGCAGCGGCGUAUUUCAGAACCACCAACUUGAAUGGCAUGGCAUCUGUAGUUCUCGUAGCAGCAAAAACGAAGGUCGCCCCAUUGAAACCAACAUCAAUACCCAGGAUGGAACUACAAGCCGCUGUAUUGGGAGUCAAUCUCGCCAAUUUCGUUGCUGAAAACCACCAAAUAUGCAUUCGUAAUAGGAUUUUCUGGUCUGACUCACGAACAGUUCUAGCCUGGCUUAACUCGGAUGGCCGACGCUACCAAAAGUACGUAGCUCUGCGUAUUGGACACAUUCUUACCGAAACUAAUCCAGCAGAAUGGCGUUGGGUGCCCAGUGACCGGAAUCCAGCCGAUUUAGCCACUAAAUGGGGUAAGGGCCCUCAGCUCGAAUUAAGCAGCACCUGGUUUCAAGGACCACAGUUCUUGCAGCAGUCGGAAGAAGCCUGGCCAUCAACACCCACACCUUGUUUACCCGUCGAAAUAGAGCUCCGACCAGUUCACGUUCACCAAGCAGUUCUAAUGUUUCCAGCUCUUAUCAACUUGUUCCGCUUUUCUAAAUGGAAACGCGCGCUUCGGGCAAUGGCCUACGUCUUUAGAUACAAAGAGAACUUGAAGAGAACAACGCAGAAGCAAGAGAAAAAUAUCGGAACACUAUCGCAAGAAGAGCUAGAAACCGCUCACGACUGGAUGGUAGUGAUGACGCAGUGGCAGUGUUAUCCAAUAGAAAUGACCGCUCUGAAUUGCACCAACGAAUCUCGAGAACAAUUACCGACAGUGGAUCGUUCCAGCUCUAUCUACAAACUUUCUCCAAUCGUAGACCAAAAGGGAAUGCUGCGGAUUGACAGUCGUCUUCAAGCUGCGGUAGAUAUACCUUGGUCAAUGAAAUUCCCUAUCAUUUUACCGGAAUGCCACCGGCUGACGGAACUCAUCGUUGCCAGUUUCCAUGAACAGCAUUUUCACGCAAACUCCGAGACAGUGGUUAACGAGCUCCGCCAGGUUUAUCACAUCCCCAAGGUAAGAGUCGUCGUCAAAAGGAUCGUACGCAACUGCCAAUGGUGCAAGGUGAAGAAAGUCCUUCCUCGUGUUCCUCGAAUGGCUGCACUCCCCACGCCACGGCUGGCAACAUUAGUGCGUCCUUUCACUUUCGUCGGUUUGGACUUAUUCGGACCUCUAACAGUCAAAGUCGGCCGAAGCCAGGUCAAGAGGUGGGUAGCGCUCUUCACCUGCCUGACGAUACGAGCGGUCCACGUAGAAGUUGUCCACAAUUUGUCCACGCAGUCCUGCAUCAUGAGCAUCCGACGGUUCAUCGGGCGCAGAGGACCUCCUGCUGAAAUCCACUCCGACAAUGGCACCAACUUCUACGGAGCCUCGCGAGUUCUACAAGAGCAGAUGAAAGCAGUUCACGAUGAUCUAGCCACGACGUUCACUACUACCACUACCAAAUGGGUCUUCAUCCCACCAGGCACCCCCCACAUGGGCGGCUCGUGGGAAAGAAUGGUGAGGUCCAUCAAAACUGCAAUGGAAGCGGCCAACGGAGAACGAAGUUUAGACGACGAAGCGCUGUUGACCUUGACCAUCGACGCCGAGUACAUGGUGAACUCCAGACCACUGACGUACAUGCCUUUGGAGUCGAACGAAAGCGAAGCCCUCACUCCAAACCACUUUCUUCACUGCAGUUCAAAGGGCAUAAAACCGCCUACCGCCCAGCCAACCAACGUCGUGGACGCACUACGCACAACCCUGGGGCAGGUAAAUCAACAGUUGGACAUCUUCUGGCACCGAUGGAUCCAAGAAUACUUGCCGACGCUUACUCGCCGCACCAAAUGGUUUGAGGAGGUGCCGCCAAUAGCCGAAGGGAACCUAGUCGUUAUCAUCGAUGAGUCGAAGAGGAACAAUUGGGUUCGGGGCCGGGUUGUCAAGUUACUUCCGGGGGCUGAUGGUAGAGUCAGGAGGGCGUUGGUACAGACUUCGAAAGGGGGGCUCAUUAAAAGGGCGGUGGCAAAGCUGGCUAUACUAGAUGUGGCGAAAGACGGUAAAGCUGAUCCCGACCAUUCAGACGAUCAGCGUUACGGGGGGGAUGAUGUUGCUGACGGAAAGGCUGGCAACCCUUCCUCAGUCGAGCAGAAAGCGCCACAAGGGACAACCAGCAGGGAAUGA